CGAAAAUGUAAGUACAGUGAGACUUGGUUCUUUUUAAAUCAACCUCCAGUUAAUAGCGAUACUCUUCAAUCCGCCGUGGUGAGCAAUAUUCUAAGCGAAGAAAUAGUAGAUAAGGAGCACGACGACAUAAAUCAUAUUCAAACUGGAAGCAAAGGAGAUAAAG